AUGAAUUCUCGAAGCAUUGUAGGAAUUGCUGCUCGCCUGCAAAAUCUGUCGAUAGCUUCAUCGCCGCUUCGAUUCGGUGUUGCGCCUCAGACUACAUGGAAUUCGAUCAGAGAAACUUCUCUCAAAAAUGCGACGUCUGCGAUCCGGCGACCAUUUUCCAGCACAGCUAGCAGAGGAGGCAAUUGGCUUCUGCCCACCGCGCCUGAAAAGAAGCGAUCGCGAAAGGGACGUCCUCGUGUGCCUACUGGAGGUUCUUCCAGAGGCACAACUAUGGUAUGGGGGGAUUAUGGGCUGAGGAUGUGCGAUCAUCAUCGAAGAGUCAGCGCAGCUCAGCUGAAGAAUGGUGAAGAGGCUAUCAAGGUCAGGCUGAAGGGCAUGCGAUAUCGACUAUACAAGAGAGUUUGUGCGAGUAUUGGUGUAUAUACCAAAGGAAAUGAGGCUCGUAUGGGUAAAGGAAAAGGUUCUUUCGACCACUGGGCAUCAAGGAUUGCGGUCAGUAAGGUCAUAUUUGAGCUGAAAGGCGAAGUACACGAGCAAGUAGCCCGGGAUGCAUUUCGCCUAGCUGGAAAUAAAAUGCCUGGUCUCUAUGAAUUUGUCAAAAAAGGGGACGCGCCAGUCGUUGGAAUCACAAAACUAGAUGGCAUUACGAUGGAGGAGCUGAAGCGUCCGAGACGCAAGGUUCCUCUCCCAAUGCCCGGUGAACUUCCAAUUACAUCGUCUACUGUUUCUACGUCUUUGUCACCAGAAGCUUAA